ACAAACCCCAACAAACUCUGCUGUCUGCUCUUCUCUUCCGCGUCUCUCUGAGAGCUGCUACGUGCCAGCCAUGGCGUCCAGGCCCAGGAACGCCUGCCUCCUCCUCCUCCUCCCGCCGCUGCUGCUCCUAAUCGCUUCCGUCUCCGCAGCUUCCUCUUCCUCAUCCUCCUCCGCGGGAGACGCGGAGGUGGACGCGCUGAUGGACCUCAAGGCGGCGCUGGACCCGGCGGGGCAGGCGCCGGCGCUGUCCUCAUGGGCGCGCGGCGUCGGGGGCCCGUGCGGAGGCGAGGGGUACUUCGAGGGGGUCGCCUGCGACGCGCGCGGGAGGGUCUCCGUGGUCUCGCUGCAGGGCCGCGGGCUCGCCGGGACCGUGCCCCCCGCCGUGGCCAUGCUCCCGGGCCUCACGGGGCUCUACCUGCACUACAAUCGCCUGGGAGGAUCCAUCCCGCGCGAGCUCGGCGAACUCCCGGACCUCGCCGAGCUCUACCUCGGGGUUAACAGCCUCAACGGCUCCGUCCCCGUCGAGCUCGGCCGCCUCCGCUGCCUCCAAGUGCUGCAGCUUGGCUACAACCAGCUCUCAGGGAGCAUACCAACUCAGCUGGGUCAGCUCAAGAAGCUCACUGUUCUUGCCCUUCAGUCCAACCAGCUCACCGGGGCGAUACCGGCGUCUCUCGGAGACUUGCCGGAGAUGACUCGGCUGGACCUGAGUUCCAAUCGCCUAUUUGGCUCGAUCCCUUCCAAGCUUGCCGAUAUCCCGAACCUCAAAACAUUGGACCUCCGGAACAAUACGCUUUCGGGAAGUGUUCCUUCAGGACUGAAGAAACUGCACCGAGGAUUUCGAUUUGAGAACAAUCCAGAGCUCUGCGGGGCUCGGUUUGAUUCUCUGAAACCCUGUCCUAACGGCGACAACAGUAUCGAUGAUCAAGUGCCACACAAACCUGAAUCAACCUCUGUCAAGCCACAGCAAAUUGCACAAACUGCAGAUCUCAGCAGAAAUUGCGACAACGGCGCGUGCUCGAGACCAUCAAAUCUCUCCUCAGGGGCUGUUCUUGCAGGCACAAUCAUAAUCGUAGCUGGUGUCGCAGCAUGCGGUCUAUCCGUGUUCUCGUGGCACCGCCGGCAGAAGCAGAAGGUUGGUAGCUCUGUAGAGAAUUCGGAAUGCCGGUUCAGCCUGGACCAACCAAAGGAAGCCUAUCAGAAGAGUGCCUCCUCACUGAUCAAUGUUGAGUACUCCAGUGGCUGGGACACAUCGUCCGAGGGAUCACAACACGGAGUAAGGCUAUCGCCGGAGGGAUCCCCGAGCAUCAGGUUCAACCUCGAAGAGGUGGAGUGCGCGACACAGCACUUCUCGGACAUCAACCUGCUCGGCAAGAGCACCUUCGCGGCGACGUACAGAGGGAUAAUGCGGGACGGCUCGGUGGUCGCCGUCAAGAGCAUCAACAAGAGCAGUUGCAAGUCGGAGGAAGCCGACUUCUUGAAAGGCCUCCGCUUGAUGACAUCGCUGAAGCAUGAGAACCUCGUUGGCCUGAGGGGCUUCUGCCGGUCCCGGCUUCGAGGGGAGUGCUUCCUUGUAUACGAAUUCAUGGCCAACGGCAGCCUCUCCAGGUAUCUUGAUGUCAAGGACGGCGACGGCGACGCCAUGGUCCUCGACUGGCCCACUCGUGUCUCCAUCAUCACCGGCAUCGCCAAAGGAAUUGAGUACCUGCACAGCAGCAAACCGAGCAAGCCUCCUCUGGUCCACCAGAACAUCUCAGCGGACAAGGUGCUCCUGGACCACCAGCUGGCGCCCCGGGUCUCCGGCGCCGGCACGCACAGGCUCCUGGCCGACGACGUGGUCUUCUCAGCGCUCAAGGGCAGCGCCGCCAUGGGGUACCUGGCGCCGGAGUACACGACCACCACGGGCCGGUUCACGGACAAGAGCGACGUCUACGCCUUCGGGGUGCUCGUGUUCCAGGUGCUCACAGGGAAGAAGACCGUCUCGCAGCACCUGCUCCUCCGCGCCCCUGUCAACGCCGCCAGCGGCACCGGUGCGGAGUUUGGCGGUUCCAAGCUUGACGACGUCGUGGAUCCCAGGCUAGGGGGCAGGUUCUCGAGGCCGGAAGCGGCGAAGCUGGCCGGGAUCGCGCUGCUAUGCACCAGCGAGGCGCCCGCCCAGCGGCCCGCCAUGGCGUCCGUGGUGCAGCAGCUCGGCGCAAGCCAGUGAACCGUUAAUUAAUGCUCGCCGGAGUAGUCACUGGCACCAGGGCUGCUCGCUGCAGCUGGUUGCUUCUCCUUUUUCUUAGCUAAGCUGCCAUUAAUUUUUAGCAGCUCCAGUUCCAUCGGUCGAUCAGCUUCCUUCCUCAGGAACUCAACAGAUCGAUCCCCAAGCUAGCUUUUGCUUUAUGCAGACACUGAUCACUGAUGUAGUGGUGUACUGCUGCUAUCUCCUUUUUCCUCUGUAUUUGUAAAUGUCUGAAAGUGUUGUGCGGUGUGGUGUGUUAUUAUCAACUUCUGAACAGGGUUUUUCCAACAAUGCAAAUCUUGGAUCCUAUUUGAAA